CCGACGAUCGACCGAAUAUGAAAGGACCGAACUAGCGGCCGUUAAGGCAGCUGUCAUCGCAUCAAAUAAACGAUGGCCUCCGCAAAAAAAAGGCACGCAUCAUUGGCAUGUAACCCAUCAUAAAUGGCGGAGAAGAGUCGGACCUUCCCGACAAGGUAGCAACUCCCGCCUUUUGACACCUCGUGCCAACUCCACUUUUUCAGUGUGACAUUAUACUCUGGGGAAUUAAGAAUUACAUUGACGUACGUACCUACCUUGCGAAGUUACCUUGACCCUGGUUUUCGGUAGAGGUAAUUUGGAGUUGUUGUUCGUGCAUGUGCAGGGCAAGGGCAAGGGCGGGGAGGCAGGCAGGCAGACAGACAGACAGACAGACAGACAAACAGACAGACAGGCAAGGUGCUUGACUGGACCUACGUGGAUAUAAAUAGGUCUGUCUCUUCAUCCAUUUCCACCAUGAACAUCUCACGAGUCGGUCAUGGGACUUCCACCUCCAACAUCACCACCUCAGUCAAUCCCGUCAUGCACGCCAUCUCAUCUUUCGUCCUCCUGGGCACUUAUGCUGUCCAGGCCGUGCUUGGUCGUCCCAAUACCCUUGCAAGACGUGCCAGUGUCGACUCCUUCAUUGAGGUCGAACGCCCAAUCGCCCUUCAAGGAGUUCUUCGCAACAUAGGCUCGAAUGGUGAGUUUGUCCGUGGUGUCGGUCCUGGUGUUGUCAUCGCCUCUCCAUCCACCGCCGAUCCGGACUACUAUUACACCUGGACCCGAGACAGCGCCCUUGUUCUCAAGUGCUUGACGGAUGUUUUCACAAACACGUACGACGCCGGGCUCCAAUCGACCAUUACUCAGUACAUCACUAGCCAGGCCCAAGUGCAAGGCAUCAGCAAUCCUUCUGGCUCCUUGAGUGAUGGCUCGGGUCUGGCGGAGCCCAAGUACAAUGCCAAUCUCUCUCCUUACCUCGGCUCUUGGGGAAGGCCGCAGAGGGAUGGACCUGCUUUGAGGGCCACUGCCUUGGUUGCGUACGCAAACUGGCUCAUCGGGAACAACUACACGAGCACUGCCCGUGACAUCGUGUGGCCUAUUCUGAGGAAUGACUUGAAUUAUGUGGCCCAGUACUGGAACAACACCGGGUUUGAUCUUUGGGAGGAGGUUCAAGGCAGCUCAUUCUUCACGACUGCCGCUCAGUACAAAUCUCUGAUUGAGGGAAAUGCCUUGGCCAAAAAGCUUGGGACUACUUGCUCUUCCUGCGAGAGCAUCGCCCCUAAUAUCCUCUGCUUCCUGCAAAGCUUCUGGACUCCGAAUGGCAACUAUGUCGUCUCGAACACCAACACAGGCACUAAUCGCUCCGGUAAAGACGCCAACAGUAUUCUGGCAUCGAUUCACUCGUUCGAUCCCUCGGCUGGCUGCGACGAGCUUACCUUUCAGCCGUGCAGUGCCAAGUCUCUUGCGAAUCACAAGGCUGUCGUCGACUCUUUCAGAUUCUACCCCAUCAACUCUGGUAUCUCGGCUGGCCAAGGAUUGGCGGUCGGACGCUACUCGGAAGACGUGUACUACGGUGGCAACCCAUGGCACCUGACAACGCUCGCAGCGGCAGAGCAGAUUUACGAUGCCGUUAUAGUGUGGAAACAACAAGGCCGCAUCGAAGUUACUAGCACAUCCCUCUCAUUUUUCCGGGAUCUUUCGUCAUCGAUUGCCGUCGGAAGCUACGCAUCCGAUUCGGCAACUUUUACCCAGAUUGUCAAUGCAGCUCUGGCUUAUGCAGAUGGAUUUGUCGGGGUCGUCCAACGCUAUGCUGGCACCAAUGGGUCCCUGGCUGAGCAGAUCGACAAGAAUAACGGUAGCCAGCUCUCGGCACGCGACCUUACUUGGUCGUAUGCAGCUUUCGUGACCGCUGCGGACCGUCGCGCCGGAGUUGUUCCGCCCUCGUGGUUUGUGUCGGCCAGCCUUCCCGGCUCGUGCUCAACAGGCUCACAGCAGGGAACCUACUCGUCCGUGACGCCAGCCUCGUUCCCGGCGUCUCAGACGCCCAUCUCCGGCGUGCCAUCCCCCACCGGUACGCCGCCCGUCACCACGACCACAGCUGCUCCUCCAGGUGGUUGCACGACAGCGCCCGUGGUAGCUGUGACUUUUAGCGUGCUGAAGACAACAAGCUUUGGUGACACGAUCAAGAUCGUGGGAGACAUCGAGGACCUGGGCAAGUGGAACCCACAGAACGGCAUCGCCCUGGACGCCAGCGACUACACUACCAACAGGCCACUUUGGAAGAAGGCCAUCACUCUCAAGGCGGGCCAGGUUGUGCAGUACAAGUUUGUCGACGUGGCAAGCAGCGGGUCAGUAACAUGGGAGGCUGAUCCGAACCGAGUGUACACGGUACCCAGUUCGUGUGCCACUACUGCUGCUGUAGAUGCGCAGUGGCAGGUGUAAAGAUGGAGUGGAGGGGAUGGAUAUCUUGGACAGGUACCGGGCCACUCGUAUGCUUAAGUGGCAGUGCUUGCUCGCAGGUCUUUUCGUAUUGGGGUUACUUGGAUUGAGAGCUUUAUUAUGAUAGACUUGAGAUUCGUUGUACACGUGAGGCUGUCAGAAGCUCUGAAGGAUAGAACCAACUCUGGUGUCAGGUUAACGUCAUAUAAGUCACACAAUCCCUAUACUCUCAAUAUACAUCCAGCCAACUCUAAAUCCCUUGCUCCUAUCUCAACUCAUGCAAAAGCUCAUGCGUUCCUCUCGUUCUACCACUACAGUCGACUAAUAUUGGUCCAUGGCUCGGUUUGGCGCAGAUGGCUCGUGUUUUCGCGGGGGGUCAAGUCCGACGAUCCCGGCAUCGAGACUGUUGAGUUUUGUGUUUGUUUCGGGAGGCGGUUGCCGGCAGUGGGGGCGGCGAGUGUAGUCAGCUUGACCAUCGUGGAUAGGGGUGAUCUCUGUGCGCUUUUGUGGACUGGAGACUGGGCAUGAGAAGGGGAUGGCAAAGUGUUCUGUCUUUUUGUGCUUGGUAAUAUCUCAAGAGAGCAAGAUAUUACUCGAAGACUUGUGUUUUUGAUUAUUGCGGAAGUAUGGCAUGUCAGUGAAGGGGAGUAAAGAAGACAAGUGCUGAAGUGAGUUCUGGUACUCCAAAGGGGACCGUUGUCAACACGUGGAGAAACACCAGCGACGGUGCUCCAGAAAAAAAAAAGAAAAAAACCAUUCGAAGCUGGUUUCACCCAAGAACCCGGUUGAGUAUGCCUGGGUGGUCGGCACAUAGCAUUUAUGUUUUGCAUGUUGAGUGUCCAGUCCGAUCUGAAGGGUGUAUAAGCCCCUGAUAUGAGCGAAAAACACCAGCAAGAGGCAUGCUGAUGUGACAUUGCAUAGGAUGAUCUAUGAGGCCCAAAGACGCAUUUUUUUUUAUUCAGGGGCUUCGUUCAACCUUUGCCGGGAUCCUCCGGGUCGUCGGCCUAUCCAAAAUGAAUCGAUAGUAAGAAAGUAUGUUGACUGACAUGGUGUCUUAUCCAGGGCGGAACUGACCGUGUGAGUGGGAUUGUUGGGGGGGUUGUUUCUCACCCCUUUCUUUUUGUUUACGUCUCUAUUUUUAUCUUUUCUACGUUCGUAUUGUUCAACGGCGCUCUUUACUGAUACUUGGGCGGUAAAUCUGGAUUUGUUCAGAGAAUCAAGAGCAGAGAGCAACCGUUGUGAAUAUACACAUCAAAGAUAUUUAUCCUAUAUAGAGUGAUUGGGG